CCCUAUGGUUUGCGCAUGCCUAGCCAGACGUGGCAGCAGCAGCAGCAGGAGCAAGCAGCUCCUUGUUCUGCCAGCGCGAGCGGCAGUAGGUUAUAGCUCUGGUUGAGCACAGCUUUGGGAGGGCGAAGUGUUUUGGAGGGAGAAUGUUGUUGCUCGCCCUCUUGAGGGCAACAUAUCGGCUCGAGCCAACUCAGUUGCCAGAUUCGGAGUAGUUGAUGAAGGGGGAUCCCGCAGCUGAAAAAAAACACUAGAAUCCAAGGUCCAAUCUGAGAUCUCAUAGGAGGAAGUCCUAGAAUGGAGUUUCGGACGAGCUUGGUCGUGACUAACUGCAGUCGGCGGGUCCUUUAAAUCAGUUGGGUCCAAGACCAUCUUUCCAGCCUGCCUAUUAUCAGCAAAGAUGUCCCCACUAAUAGAAAAAAUUAGUGAUCAGAAGGACUUCAAGAAGCUCUUGAGAACACGGAAUAAUGUAUUGGUGCUAUAUUCCAAAUCUUCGGCUGCUGCUGAUACUUCAUUCAGGUUAUUGUCUGAUGUAGCCCAAGCGGUGAAAGGCCGAGGUACUAUAUCAUGGAUAGAUUGCAGUGAUUCAGAGAGCAGAAAACUAUGCAAGAAGAUGAAAGUUGACCCGAGUUUGAAGGAGAAAGGGGUAGAGUUACUACAUUACAAGGAUGGUGCAUUUCACACUGAAUAUAACAGAGCGCUCACACUGAAGUCAAUGGUGGCCUUUCUAAAGGAUCCAGAAGGAACUCCAUUGUGGGAGGAGGAUCCUGAAGCCAAAGAUGUUGUCCAUGUUGACAGUGAAAAGGAACUUAAAAGGCUUUUGAAGAAGGAAGAUAGGCCUCUGUUGCUGAUGUUCUAUGCCCCAUGGUGUGGUGUUUGCAAAAGAAUGAUGCCAUCUUUCCAGCAAGCAUCCACAGAAGUGAAAGGCAUGUAUGUACUUGCAGGAAUGAAUGUCUACUCAGCUGAAUUUGAAAAAAUAAAAGAAGAAUACAAUGUCCGGGGAUACCCAACUAUCUGCUACUUUGAAAAGGGAAAAUUCCUGUUCAACUUUGAGAACUAUGGCGCUACAGCAAAGGACAUUGUCGAAUGGCUGAAAAAUCCUCAGCCACCUAAGCCACAGACCCCUGAUACUCCCUGGUAUGAAGAAGACAGUGCCGUUUAUCACCUAACAGAUGAUGAUUUUGACAAGUUUAUCAAGGAGCAUCCUUCUGUUUUAGUGAUGUUCUAUGCACCAUGGUGUGGGCACUGUAAGAAAAUGAAGCCAGAAUAUGAGAAGGCCGCUGAGACACUCCAUGCAGACAGUGAUAGACCAGGUGUCCUGGCUGCAGUAGAUGCUACCAUCAACAAAGCUGUAGCAGAAAGAUUUCAUAUAUCAGGAUUUCCGACACUCAAGUACUUCCAGGAUGGAGAAGAGAAAUAUAUUUUGCCACACCUCCGAACACAGAGUAAAAUUGUUGAAUGGCUCCUAAAUCCACAGGCACCACCUCCACCUGAACCAACUUGGGAAGAAAGACAGACAAGUGUAAUCCAUCUUGCAGGCGAAGACUUCAGGGAAUCUUUGAAGAAGAAAAAGCAUGCUCUUGUAAUGUUCUAUGCCCCUUGGUGCCCACAUUGUAAAAAUUCCAUCCCUCAUUUCACAACAGCUGCAGAACUUUUUAAAGAAGAUCGAAAGAUUGCCUAUGCUGCAGUGGACUGUGCCAAAGAGCAGAACCAUGACCUAUGUAAGCAGGAAGGCGUAGAUGGUUAUCCGACCUUUAACUACUACAACUAUGGAAAAUUUAUAGAAAAGUAUAAUGGAGACAGAGGGGAAUCUGGAUUCUCAACUUUCAUGCGAACACUCAGAGAACGAGACCAUGAAAAGAUUGGGAAGAGGAAAGAUGAGUUGUAAUUUCUGCCUCACAAGAUGAUUUCCACUGCACUGUGAAUGGUCUCAGGGCCACUGUUACCAUGCCUGGGAUUUCACACCUUUUUAAAAAGAGAGACUUCGGUGGGUUUUUUUUUAUGAACAGCCAUUGCCAUUUUGUACAAUUUUGAAAUAAAGUGAGAUCAUUUGAUUUUUAAAGGAAAAAUAAAUGACAUCAUCAUUGGCAUAUUCUGUUAUGGAAAACGAAAAGAACAUUUUCUUUCCAUUUGAUGCACCUAUGACCAUUGAUACUCCUAUGCAAUCUUUUUGUAAUCUGUAGGUUUGAUAGUGAUUUACUCUGACAAGGUAAUUUCUGCAUUUUUAAUUAUAUGUGAAAUGGUUUUUAAAAACUGGAGGGGGGGAUUAAAGGAAGAUGCAAAGGAUCGAUCAGGAGCAAGUUCCACUGAAAUGAGUGGAAACUGACAGAGCAUUGAGGUCUCAGUGGAUUCUGCUCAAAGCCUUUUCAACUGCAGUUAUAGCAUAUGAGUGCACAGCACUUAUUUCAGGAAGCAGAUGUGAUUAAGUGCACUUUCAGUCCCAACAAUCCACAUACCAAGCAGACAUCAGUCUGUACUGCUCAAUCCCACUCUGCAUGACUGAUGGGACAUUUGCAAGAACAGGCAGUGUGUGGAGUCUGAAUGGCAGAUUGGCCACCACUAUUAUCACACAAGCAUUUUGUAAGUGGGGACUUUUCUGGAAACAGUGUGCGUAUGCACUUGUAGUUGUGCUCAACAGUGCCAAACUGGUGGGAUUACUAGUUGUGACUAGUACAUGCUCUUGCAGUCUUGCUAAGUUACACAUUUUUCCUAGAGAGAUUUGGGGACUAGUUUUUAAGUGCUCAGGGAUAAUAGGGAAAUAAUGAAGAACCAUUUGCCAUUUCAGAUCUUAAUUGACUGUAGUGGUGUCUUUUUUUUUUUAAUCUACCGUAACUGAACUGUUUACUGUUUACAAUAUCUUUAUAGAAUGUAUGGGUUAUUCCAAACAAAUGUCUCUGCAUUCGGCACAUAUCAGGCGCUGAAUGACUCUCAGUGUAUGUGUUUGUGCUCAUGUUGUCAAAUGCUCCUGUAAGCAUAUGAGUGGUGUAGUGCAGGUAUAAGGUUCUACUUAAUUUAUGAUCUGACCGUAUGAACUGCGUAUUUGCUAAGCAUUCCGUUUGGCUGUGUGUUUGACAGAGGCCCUGAUAUUUUUGAUAUGAAGAAACAUCAUGCAACAAUACUUGUUUACGUUCCAAAGGCUUAUCUGUGUGAGUUAAAUACAGAAAAAUAUAAUUUUUUUAGAAUUCUAUAGAAGCAGGUUGUGCUUUUAAAAAUAUUUGCUUAGCCCUGUCAGCAGUGUAAGAAAAUACAACAUGACUAGAACUAGCUUUUACAAGUCUGUCAUUAUGUGCCGAUUCUGUGAGGUGAGGGUGAUCUGGACAUUGUGUCUUCACGGAAUUUAUUAUAUUUUUUGUGAUUUCCAAUUUGAUCAAAAAGAAUAAA